AAGUCAUACCUAAUGACAAAACUUACACGCUUUCUCAUUAUGGAAAGCAGUCUUGCAGCUUCUCUCUUUCUACUAACAACACCCCUCUUCUUGUUCUUCAUCUUUAAACAGCGUUUCCGAUCUUCAAAAAACCGUCCGCCAGGACCACCACCAUGGCCAAUAAUCGGAAAUAUACACCAAAUAGGCACCAACCCUCAUGUCUCCAUUUCCAUCUUUGCUCAAGAGUACGGCCCACUCAUCUCGCUCCAGUUAGGCACUCAACUUCUUGUGGUGGCGUCUUCUCCAUCAGCCGCUUUAGAGAUUCUAAAGACCCAUGAUCGCGUUCUAUCCGGUCGCGCUAUUCCUAACGCGUUUGAGCAUAGUUUCUCGCCAUUCUACCUUGUUUGGUCAGCGGGUUGUGGUGAACACUGGAAGUCGUUAAGAACCCUUUGUCGAACCGAGAUGUUUUCACCUAAAGCCUUGGAAGCCCAGUUGAAAAUAAGAGAUGAGAAACUGGCACAAAUGGUGAGUUUUUUGCAAGGUAAGAAACUAGAAGUUGUGAACGUUGGAGAUGUUGUUUUUACUACAAUGUUCAACACGAUUAGUAAUGUUUUCUUUGGAAAAGAUCUUCUUGAGUUUGAAGAUAAACAUGGAAUUACUGCUGGUGGGUUGAAAGGGAAAUUAUUUAAGGCAUUAGAGGAUGGAACAAGACCAAAUAUAAGUGAUUUUUAUCCAUUUGUUAGGAAACUGGAUCUUCAAGGAUUAAGAAGGGGAAACUUGAAAAUUCUCAAGGAGAUUUUUAGUUUUUGGGAGGACAUAGUAGAAGAAAGAAGAGCUCGAAUUAAUUCGUCCUUGGUGGCAGAGGAAGAAGAUAAAUGUUUUUUGGAUCGGUUACUUGAAAAUGGAUUCUCAAAUGAUCAGAUUAAUAUUUGUGCUUUGGAGUUAUUCAUAGCAGGUGUAGAUACUACAACCUCAACAACUGAAUGGGCCAUGGCUGAGUUGCUGAAAAACAAAGAAGCCUUUUCCAAAGUACAAGAAGAGUUGAAGCAUAAAACAAACUCCAAGAUUGUUGCUGGAUUACAAGUGUCUGAAUGUUCUUAUUUAAAUGCUUGUAUAAAGGAAACAUUAAGGUUACACCCGCCGGUGCCUUUCCUAAUUCCACGUCGUGCUUUCGAGGCGUGUGAGGUUAUGAACUAUACAAUCCCUCGAAAUACGCAAAUCUUUAUCAACGUUUGGGCAAUUGGUCGAGAUCCAGAAGUCUGGGAAGAACCUCUCUCAUUCAGACCCGAAAGAUUUCUUGGCUCGCACUUGGAUUUUAAAGGCCAAGACUUUGAGUUCAUACCAUUUGGUGCAGGGAGAAGGAUGUGCCCCGGUUUACCGUCUGGUAUCAAGAGUGUUCAGUCUAUAUUAGCAUCUUUGAUUAACCAAUUCCGUUGGGUUCUCCCGAAUGAUGAAGAUCCAUCAAAGCUCGACAUGAACGAAAAAUUUGGGGUAACAUUGCAAAAGAAAAAACCUCUUCAACUUAUUUUUAAAGAUUUAGAAUGAUUAUUAUUUAUUAACAUGUACUUUUCUACUUUUAUUCUUUUUCCACAUGUUGAUAUCAACAUAUAAAAUAUCAAAUAAACCUUUCACGCUCGGUUGUUUACUA